UCUCUACUGCUUUAUUUUUUUAUCAUCAUCUCUCUCUCUCUCUUCUUCCUUCACGUUUUCUCUCUCAUUUCACCAUGGACCCAUCCUCAAUAGAUCCGCCGCCGGCCGCCGUCAAUCAUCCGACGCCGGAGCAGUUGAAUAUCAUAUCUCCGGCAACAAAUCCCGCUCCUAACAACGGUCACAAUUAUCCUUCUUACCCUGAGAUGAUAUCAGCUGCGAUUGGGGCUUUAAGGGAGCAGGAAGGAUCGAGUAGGCAAGCGAUUGCGAAAUACAUUGAGCAGGUCUUCACUAACCUACCAGCUGACAACGCCGCUUUGUUAACUCGUCACUUGAAGUGGAUGAAACAAGCGGGUCAGCUCGUAAUGGUCAAACACUCCUAUGCCCUACCUGGAUCUGUUCCUAUUCAGGAAUCUGAUGUGGUCAUUCCUACCCCUGUUACCUCAAUCAAAAGACGACCUGGCCGACCACCUAAGCUGAGGAAUGAAAACCAUAACCAUCAGCUAGUUGUUUCAUCUCCUGUUCCUAUUCAGGAAGCUGUUUUUCUUUCUCUGGGACUCAUGGACGAGCCUGUUCCUAUUCAGGACUCGUCAGCACCACCACUUCAGUCUGUUUUGGGUAAGAGGGGUCGUGGUAGGCCUCCUAAGCUGAAAACUCUUACUUUUCCAACUGACCAAAUGGGUCCGAUUGCGGAUCAAUUAUCUCCUACUGGUGACCUCAAAAGAAAGCCAGGUCGUCCAAGGAAGAUUGAUAGCAUUGCAAGAAUCAUGCCUAGGCUAGUACAGAAGCCGAGUGGAAGCAACCCACGUGGAAGACCACGAAAGUAUGUUGUUUUACCUGUGGCCACCAUUAAUGGAGGAGAAGCACAGGCUUCGGUUGGAGUAACACCAGUGAAACGGAGGGGAAGGAAAAAGGGUAGCAGCAUGAAGAAAGCUAGGAGACUCAGUGGAAAGCCAUUAGGAAGACCUCGAAAGACAAUGUUGCUUGAAUCUGCUCCUACAAAUGAUGAUCUUGUAAGAAGGCUGGAACAUAUUCAAGGUAAAAUCAAACAGGUAGUGAAUGCAGUUAAGCCACAUUUAGAUACUACCACAACUGCAUAUGCUCUUCGUUCGUUACAAGAAUUGGAACAACUUGCACGACAGAGUUUGUACGCACCUUUCAGUAUCCAGGUUCAACUUCCCAUUCUAACUUCAGCUGAUGCUUCUCCUUCUCAAGAACAACAGGUCAUAGUUCAGCCUUCAUCCUCUGUCCCUAUUGCCGAUCCAAAUAUGUUUCCUGUUUCGAGUCAUCAGUCAGUUCAAGGUCACUAACCGCCCCUUUGUACAGGGGCGGUUAGUGUCUAGAUGUUGAGAAGUUAUUGUAUGUACUUUUUAGCAUUUAGCAUUGGGAAAUAAUGCUUUUUAACUUAUUAGUUGGUUUAAUGAUCUGAGAUCACUGUAACAUUUGAUGUUUUUUAUUGUGGAAUUUGAGGAUUUAGGAUUUUAUUUUAUUUCAUGUUUUUUAUUGUGGAAUUUGAGGAUUUAGGGUUUUAUUUUAUUUGAUCUUAUUUGAUUUUA